AUGAGCAGCAACACGCACCACCUGCGGAAUGGCACAGCGAAGACGACGCAGCCGCGGAAGGCAAUUACGCUCGAGACCAUGAACCAGCACCUGCGCAAGGCCGACUACGCCGUGCGUGGCCGGCUCGCGAUACGCGCGGAGGAGCUGCGCGAGAAGCUCAAGGAGCAAAACCAUAACCUGCCGUUCGUCGAGGUCGUCAACGCGAACAUUGGCAAUCCGCAGGCCAUGGACCAGCGACCGAUUACCUUUUUCAGACAAGUGCUCGCGCUGGUGCAGUACCCCGACCUGCUCGAGUCCGAGGCCGCGACGACGAUAUUCCCUGCCGACGCCCGUGAGCGUGCGAGCGUCUUGCUGCGUGAAAUUGGCUCGGUCGGUGCGUACUCGCAGAGCCAAGGUGUUCCCUACAUCCGGCAGUCGAUUGCGGACUUUAUCGCCCAGCGCGACGGCUUUGCGGCCGACCCGAACGACAUCUACCUCGCAGGCGGUGCGUCGUCGGCGGUCACGUCGCUGAUGACAACAAUCUGCAACGGCCCGCAGACGGCGGUCAUGAUCCCUGUGCCGCAGUACCCGCUCUACUCUGCCUCGCUCACGAUUGAGAACGCGACCGCGGUGCCUUAUCUGCUCGACGAGUCCACCUGCUGGGGCACCGACACCGCGUACAUUGCCUCUGUCAUCCGGCAGACGAUCGCCUCCGGCGUCAACCUGAAAGCAAUCGUGGUUAUCAACCCGUGCAACCCGACCGGCAGCUGCCUGACGGCGAGUGAAAUUAAGGACAUUAUCUCACUUGCGGCCGAGCACUGCUUCAUGGUCAUCGCCGACGAGGUCUACCAGACAAAUAUCUACGAGGGCGAGUUUUUCUCAUUCAAGCGCAUGCUGCGCGAGCUGCAGCGCGAUUUCCCGGGCAAGUACGACUCGGUCGAGCUUGCGUCGCUGCACUCGACUUCAAAGGGCAUGGUGGGUGAGUGCGGCCAGCGUGGUGGAUACAUGGAGUUGAUUGGCGUGGACCCAGAAGUGCGCGAGGAGCUCUACAAGCUGGUCUCCAUCUCGCUCUGUCCCGUGGUCACCGGUCAGGUCCUGACGGAGCUGAUGGUCAACCCGCCCAAGGAGGGCGACGAGUCUUAUCCGCUUUAUAAGCAGGAGUACGACACUAUCUACACCAGACUCAGAGAACGUGCGCUCACGCUCUUUGAAGCAUUUAAAGAGAUGGAAGGUGUCACCUGUCAACAACCAAAGGGCGCAAUGUACCUCUUCCCCACCAUAACCCUUCCCCCCAACGCCAUCAAGGAAGCCCAACGCCGAAACGAAGAACCAGACGAGUUCUACUGCAUGCAACUACUUGAAUCCACUGGCGUAUGCGUCGUGCCUGGCUCCGGCUUUGGCCAAAAAGACGGCACGUUCCAUUUCCGAACUACGUUCCUUGCUCCCGGAAAGGAGUAUGUCGACCGGAUGCUCCAAUUCCACAAAGAAUUUUUGAAAAAGUUCUCAUAG